AUGAUAGACCUGAAUACCAAUGUUGUGUAUGCUGGCAAGAUCAUUCCUCAUUCUCGGAUAGCGAAAAGAAAUCAGAAAUUAAAGAUUUUACGCGAAGUCGAACUUCACAAGGAUCUCAAACACAAGCACGUCGUAGAAUUUCACAGCUACUUCGAAGAUAACGAAAAUGUCUACAUCAUUCUGGAAAAUUGCCCACGAAAGAGUUUGGUUCACGUCCUUAAGAAUCGGAAAUACCUUACAGAGGAAGAGGUGCGUUAUUACGUAAAGCAAUUGAUCGAAGGUGUCAAAUACAUCAACAAAAAGAAUAUCAUCCACAGAGAUCUGAAAUUGGGUAACAUGCUACUCAAUGAAAACAUGAAUGUCAAAAUUGCUGACUUUGGCCUCGCAACAAGAGUUCGUCACGAGGGAGAAAAGAAAAUGACUGUGUGCGGAACGCCAAACUACAUUGCCCCGGAAGUAUUACAGAAAAAAGGUCACAGUUUUGAAGCAGAUAUUUGGGCUAUUGGAUGCAUCACAUAUGCCUUGUUGGUGGGCCGACCUCCCUUCGAAACCUCCACACUGAAAGAGACAUAUUUGCGUAUCACAUCUAAUACAUACACCAUCCCGUCCAAUAUCUCAUUAACAGCUAAACGUUUUAUCACCAAAUGCCUUCAACCCCAACCGGAUCAAAGACCGUCCAUUGAUGAGAUUUUGUUUGAUGAUUUUUUUACGUCUGGUUAUAUGCCCAGAGAACUUUCAACCUCUUGCUGCACAUCGGCUCCAACAUUCCCUAAACAUCCAAAACAAAACAGACCUUUAUCAUAUGCUGUACCGGCUAGCCAGUGUGAUAAUGUUACAGUUAUCACAAGCGUUCUUAAUAGAUUGAAAGCAGACACAGAAUCUGAAAACUGGGAGUCUCCUGAAUUUAAUGAAACAAAGAGUAAAACUCCAAAUUCUCAACAAUGCUUCGAUCGGGAACUCAGUCCUGUUCUUGCUGCAACACCCAAAGAUUCUGGUUUUGACAGUUCACCUUACGACUUAUCGAAUCCACAACAAUUAGAAUCUUUCCCAGUCUACCGUCGAGCAUCAAAUUUGUUAGAUAUUUUAGGGACUUGCUUGGACCACAUGCCAAAAGACGUAAAUCAUGAAAUAGAACUUCCAGCAUCCAUCAAUUUCAAUUCUUCAGAUAUUGUCUGGGUAACUAAAUGGGUAGAUUAUUCCAACAAAUAUGGAUUCGGUUUCCAGCUUUCUAAUAAUUCGAUUGGUGUUUUCUUCAACGACACUUCUCGCAUUAUCAUUGGCCCAGACAAUCGGUCUCUCCAAUAUUAUGAUGUGACAGACAGUCGUUCAACCUAUACCACAGAUUGCAUUCCAGAGGAGCUAGACAAAAAAACAACACUAUUGUUGUAUUUUGCUCGUUAUAUGGAUGAACAUUUAAUCAAGGGUGGCAACUUCGCUGACGGCUGGCAGAAAUCAGUUGAAGACCCUUGGUCAGGCAAUCUGUACUUGAAGAAGUGGUUUCGCACAACUAAGGCCAUUGUUAUGUAUCUCACUGAUGGAACACUACAAGUGAACUUCUUCAUUGACCACACCAAGAUUAUCCUUAGUCCGAGUCAAAACACCUAUUUCGUCACAUACAUUGAUGAGAAUCGUUUGGCACGUACAUACAGCAUCGUCUCAUUGAUCAAACACGGCUGUCAACCUGAUAUCGUUCAGAGGCUAGAAUUCACACAUUCCAUGCUUAAGAACCUUGUCGACAUCGAAGGCGACAAUAUCUGA